AUGGCGAGUACCAAGGCGUUCUUGCCGGCAUUUGUGUACUCGUUGAAGGUGUCUCCACUCAUAGAAAAAAUAAGUGACCACAAGGAUUUUAAGAAGCUUCUCAGGACACGGAAUAACGUACUAGUGCUGUAUUCCAAAUCUGCUGCUGCUGCGGAAAGCUCACUCAGGUUACUGUCCAGUGUGGCCCAGGAGGUGAAAGGACGAGGUACUAUAAGCUGGAUAGACUGUGGUGAUACUGAAAGCCGAAAAUUAUGCAAGAAGAUGAAAGUAGAUCCUAAUUCAAAGGAGAAAGGAGUGGAAUUACUCCAUUAUAAGGAUGGUGCAUUUCAUACUGAAUAUAACAGAGCGGUCACAUUGAAGUCUAUUGUGGCCUUUCUCAAGGAUCCAGAAGGUGCUCCACUCUGGGAGGAGGAUCCUGAAGCCAAAGAUGUUGUGCAUGUUGACAGUGAAAAGGAAUUGAGAAGGCUUCUGAAGAAGGAAGACAAACCCCUUCUGAUGAUGUUCUAUGCCCCAUGGUGUGGUGUUUGUAAGAGAAUGAUGCCAUCUUACCAGCAGGCAGCCACAGAACUGAAGGGUAAAUAUGUUCUUGCGGGGAUGAAUGUUUACUCUGCUGAAUUUGAAAGGAUAAAGGAAGAAUACAAUGUCCGGGGAUAUCCUACAAUCUGCUAUUUUGAGAAAGGAAAGUUCCUGUUCCACUUUGAGAACUAUGGUGCUACUGCAGCAGAUAUAGCGGAGUGGCUGAAAAACCCACAGGCACCUCAGCCACAGGCUCCGGAGACUCCUUGGGCAGAUGAAGAAAAUGUAGUUUAUCACCUGACUGAUGAGGACUUCGACAAGUUUAUAAAAGAUCAUUCUUCUGUGCUAGUGAUGUUCCAUGCACCAUGGUGUGGGCACUGUAAGAAAAUGAAGCCAGAAUAUGAGAAGGCUGCAGAGUUUCUCCAUGUAGCCAAUGAUAGUCCAGGUGUCCUUGCAGCAGUUGAUGCUACCGUCAACAAGGCACUGGCAGAAAGAUAUCACAUCUCCGGGUUUCCUACUUUGAAGUAUUUUAAGGAUGGAGAGGAGAAAUACACUCUGCCACACCUCAGAACAAAGAAGAAGAUCAUCGACUGGCUGCAGAAUCCUGAAGCACCACCUCCACCUGAGCCUGCAUGGGAAGAAAAACAGACUAGCGUUAUCCACCUUGCUGGAGAAGACUUCAGGGAGUCCUUGAAGAAGAAGAAGCACACCCUUGUCAUGUUCUAUGCGCCAUGGUGCCCACACUGUAAAAAUGCCAUUCCACAUUUUACAACUGCUGCCGAAGUCUUUAAAGAAGAUCGAAAGAUUGCCUACGCUGCAGUGGACUGUGCCAAAGAACAGAAUCAUGACCUGUGUAAGCAGGAGGGGGUUGAUGGCUACCCCACCUUCAACUAUUACAACUACGGGAAAUUUGUGGAAAAAUAUACUGGAGAAAGAGGGGAGUCUGGAUUCACCACUUUCAUGCGAACCCUGAGAGAAAGAGACCAUGAAAGAGUAGGAAAGAAGAAGGAUGAAUUGUAGUUUCUGCCUCAAAAGAAGCUUUCCGCUGCACUGUGAAUGGUUCCAGGUCUUUUGUCAAUGCACCUGAGACUUCACACAUUCUCAAGACAGAGACUUUUUUUUAUAAACAGCCAUGGCCAUUUUGUAC